CAGAUUGCGACAGUCGAUAUUAAAACAUGCAGUGAGGGAGAGAGAGAGAGGGGGAGAAACAGAGAGGAAACCAAGAUCCAGGCCUUUACAACGGGGACAACCAGAUAGAUAAAAAAACACUUCACGGCAGUUGUAUUUCUCUCCCUUUUCCUCUCUCUGUUUUCUCUCUCUCUCUCUCUCUCUCUCUCUCUCACUCAUCAGCCCCGCGUCAAUUGAUUUGUGUAUGAACAGCUGGGCGCUUUUCGCCCCCCUCUCUGCCUGUGUGUUCUGAAUGAUCAGCUGAUGAAGAGACUGAGUGCACGCUGCAAUGCUGGGUUGCUAAUUCUCUCGCCUGCAGACAAGCGGCAGCCUGGAGACCACAGCCAGCCAACCCUGUCCCUCAUUCAUUCUUCAUCAUUCCCAUGGAUUGUUUCUGCAGUCUCAGGCUGUUCUAAAAGACGUGUCUGAGGACAUGGAGGAAGAAAGCAGUUUGAAGAAACGAAAAAGUGACCACCAGGCCAACCAGCCCUCUGAAACUGGGCAGGAGAUUGUUGAGAAAGUCAAAAAACGACGUGGUCGACCCCCAGCUGAGAAACUUCCACCAAAUCCCCAAAAACUUACAAAGCAAAUGAACACUCUUGUUGACAUGGUUAUCAACUACAAAGACACGUUGGGCCGCCAGAUCAGCAAAGGUUUUGUUCAGCUGCCAUCUAGGAAAGAAGUACCAGAAUACUAUGAACUCAUUCGCAAGCCUGUGGACUUUCGGAGGAUCAGGGAACGGGUACGUAACCACAAAUACAGGUGCAUUGCAGACUUGGAGAAAGAUAUAAUACAGAUGUGCCACAAUGCUCAGACUUACAACUUGGAGGGAUCUCAGAUAUUUGAGGAUUCCAUUGUUCUGAAGUCAGUCUUUGAGAGCGCAAGACAACGUAUUGUAGAAAUUAAUCAAGAGGACACAGAUGCUGAUGGAGGCAGUGAGACAGUGUGUGCCAAGCAUUUAAACCUAGAGAUAAAAUCAGAAGCAACAAAAACAAAAUUUGACAAGAGUAGGGAGAGAAGCACCACUGUUCCACCUAAUUCCAGUGCUAAAGUAAAGGGGAUUUACAGUGAUGAGGACAGCACUGAAGAUCAGGAGGACAAUACAGGCCUUGAGGAUGGCUGAACUACAUCAUCUGGUUAUUAGCUUUAUGGCUCUCUGUCACCUUGCUAACAUUGGAAAAUGAUAAGCCCAUCAAAUCACUUACAUGUAUGUGAGUUGAUUCAGUGUCUUCAUUGUUCCCAAAUUUGUUCCAGGCUUGAUCAUUUACAAACUUAUAUAUUGUGACACUGCUAAUGGUAUUCUGUUGCAGUUAAACAUCUAAAUCAUCCUAUGCAUUAAAGACAUACACUAAAUAUAAAGUCAUAUCUGAAUGCAUACAUAUAUUCCAGUAUUGUAAGUUACUAAACAAAGAAGUAAACAAUAUAUAUAUUUUUUUCUCAUUAUGCACUUUUCAAAGCAUAGUCACCUUAGUGUCAGUAUUAACAAGGUUUUAAAUAAAUAAGAUGGCCAGCCUAGAAAAAAAAAUGUAUAGCUUAGAUAAUUGAACUACAUUAAUUAGCGUUUGGAAAAUUCAUGACACCUAACACCUGAGUCAACAGACAAACACAUGGUUCUAUUAUUAAAUAAUACCAUGGCAACUGACCUUGUUGUUCACUGCACUUUUAGUAUGUCACAGUCAUAUAAUGGUAAUGAUUUUAUAUAUUUUUGCUUAAAUAGACGUGUAUGUGUAUCUCCUAAACUUUUUUUGGUAACCAUCACAUGAAAACAUGUAUAACACAGUUACACAUUAUUAUUAACAGUGAACAGUGAUAAAAAACUGUAGCAAAAAGUGUGUGUUUUAUAAAGUGUCACAUCAUCAUAAUAUGAUUUUAAACAACAAAAGUAACAAUGAGUUACAAAAUCAGUUGAUGCUUCUCAGGCAGGAAAUUCAGUGUAACUGAAACCCUGUAAAAUCCACAAUCAUUAUCAUAUAUUUUAAUAGACUGAGAAGGCUUUUCACUUAAAAUGUAACCACUGCCCAUUUAACAUACAUACAUAUAUUCCUGUUUACUUUUUCAUUAAUUGUUCAAAUUGAAUUGGAAAUUUGGAUGACAACAUGCCGAUUUUUACUUUAGUUUGUGAACAUCUUUGGGAACAGCAUUGAAAAUUUAACUCAUAUUUAACGUCCUAACUAUAUGAUUAAUGAGCCCUGUGGUGUUUUUGGAGCAUGAUGCAUUUUGCUGGAAGAACAAUACCCUCAAAAGGGGGUUCUAUUGAUAACACUGUUAUGGUGUGUGUAGUUUUGAGGGUUGGGAGAGAAAAUGACUUUAUAGGUAGAUUUUGAAAUAAAGUUUUUAAGGUUUUUACGAUAUGAAAGUGCUAAGAGAUUUGAUUUGAAUCAUCGUAAUUGAUAAUAAACAUUUUUAUAAACAGUCCAA